UGCGAACUGCUGCAGUGAAGUCAAAAUGUGUCAAUUUUCAUUGGAUAGCAGAGAGAAAGCAAGAGAGGGAGAGCGAGAGUCUGGGGAAGAGAGCGAGUCCGACCGAAGCGACAGUGCUCGAAAACCUGCGGAAAGCUAGGACAUUUCCCUUUAUGUUAGCCUUUUAAACUGAAUACCUACGCUUCUUUCAUUUUCGGGAGAAUAAACAUCUACAGCUAAAGGACACAUUGACGCAGGGCUCUGUGGGACUCCACCAGCCCCCCAUCUCCAUCCGUCCCUUCUCUGCCAUAGAAGAGGGAGAACCGACACAGGGAUGGUGUCCGCGGAGAUCGCCCUGGCGGCCGCGGGUGCGUCAGCCCCCGAACCCCUGACGGCGCUGUACCGCUGGUACCUGUACGCCAUCCACGGCUACUUCUGCGAGGUGAUGUUCACCGCCGCCUGGGAGUUCGUGGUCCACUGCAACUGGAAGUUCCCCGGGGUCACCAGCGUGUGGGCACUCUUCAUCUACGGCACGUGCAUCCUGAUCGUGGAGCGCAUGUACCUGCGCCUGCGCGGCAGCUGCCCGGUCCUUCUCCGCUGCCUCAUCUACACGCUGUGGACGUACCUGUGGGAGUUCGGCACGGGCCUGCUCCUGCGCCAGUUCAACGCCUGCCCGUGGGACUACUCGCAGUUCCAGUACAACUUCAUGGGCCUGAUCACGGCCGAGUACGCCGUGCCCUGGUUCUGCGCCUCGUUCAUCGUGGAGCGGCUGGUCAUCCGCAACACGCUGCGGCUGUGCUUCCACGACCUGGGCGAGCCGGGCAGGGCCGGAGGAGGAGGAGGAGGAGGAGGUGGAGGAAGAGGGGAACGUGGAGGCAGGGGGGCGAUGAGUGUGAACGGAUACGUGAAAGUGGACUGAAACGGGACGAGAGCGUGACGGCAGCAGGACUGCUCGUGUCUGACCUCUCCUGCCCGCCACUGGAAACGUACACACACACACACACACACACACACACACACACACACAAACAGAAAUACAUGGAAGAAAGCAUUUACACACACACACACACACACACACCACACACUCUCUAAAAACCUUACCCACACCAGACCUCACCCAACUAGCAAGCAGCACACCUCCUCCAUGACAUAUCAUACCUCUCUCCUCUCUGAGGAGAGAGAGAGAGAGAAUAAGGAAAGGGAGGGAGGGAGGGAAAGAAAGAGGAGAGAGGUAGAGGAAGGACUGCAGAGGAGAGGGAGAAGCCAGAGAAGGAGGGAUGAAGGGUGAGAGAAUAGAGAAAGGAGGAGUAAGGAAUGCAGCCCUGAGGAGCUGGUGUGAAGGAGCAGGCCAACUGACACUUCAGAUGUGCAAGAAUAAGUGCUGAGGAGUGUCACAACCAUGAACACACACACACACACACACACACACAUACACAAGCAGAUACACACACACAAACAUACAUGCACACAACCAUCCACCCACAAACACAUAACCACCCACUCACACGUAGAUGCACUCGCACACAUACAGGACACACACACACACACAAUUGCCCUCCCGUGAGGACUGCCCGAUCCCUGUCUCUCUUCGCUCUGUGUUGCAGCAGUGAACGUUAGAGAGAACUGAACUAGCAGCUAAUCCAUUCCAGUGCAGCUCCACACACCACCACUGUGUGUGUGUGUGUGUGUGUGUGUGUGUGUGUGUGUGUUUGUUUUUUUUGUGUGUGUAUGUGUGGGCGCUGCAAGAACAAGUUGUCAGCUGGGCCUCUGUGACACCUCUGCAUCAUAGGUCAUAGGUCACCAUCCUGUCAAUCAUGUCACCCACAGAGAGAGAAAGAGAAGACUGAGCAAAAGUAGCAUAAAAAAAAUGACAUGUCGUAAAUGAAAAAUCUAAUCCUUCCAUCGAAAAGCAAGUAAAAAAACCUUUUAGAACUCUAAUCGUCCAUGUAUGUUGUAGCAAGAGCAUAUAGCAGUUGAUAACGCAUGCUUUUAUUUUUAUUUCUGUUAUUUAUUAAUAUUUAUCUAAUUAAUAAUCAUGUGUGUAGCUUGAAAUUAAUAUAUUAAUGAAUGGUAGAUAUUUAUUGAGACUACUGUAUGUUUGAGUUCUAUGUUCCCGAGCAGUUGUCAUAUUUUUUAACCGCAAAAAAACCUUAUGUGCUUGAAACUGCAUGAGACCAGUUGUCUUCCAAAUGACGUUAACUAGUUCCUUCUCAGACUAAAGUGAUUGAUUUUUCAAAUCUAUAUGCACAUGCCAUGCAUCCAUGUCUGUGUGUCUCCGUAACAAAGCCCAGCAAAGACAUCUGGAGUGGUUUUGACUUAAAAUCAAAAGGAUCAAAUCUGAAAAAAGCUAUGUCUGGAAUGAAGUCUAAGGGAGUGUAUUAAAGAGCAUAUGCGCGUAAGAAAGGAGAGUCGCCUGGACAGAUGAAAAAAAGAAAGGUUGAAUCAUCAAUGGUGCUACAUUUUCAAUAAACCUUUUGAAUUUCUAUUUUUGUCCCUCUGCACAUUUUCUGGUCAUAGUGCAUGCAAAAUAAUUAUGCAAGCUAGUGCAUGUUUUACCAGCGAAGAACCAGCAGUCAGUAUAUUAGUACAGACAAUCUAAGAGAGGAGAAAGUCCUGAAAGUAUACGGGCAAUCUAGCUGGCUGAUUAAUUCACUGUCAUUUUACACUUCCGAGUGUAAAAUGUUCCAUGAAAGAGGAAAAUGUUGAUAGAGCUGGGACUUGCAUCCAUUAUUCCCAUAAUGCCACAUAUUAUAACUGUAUCAUCUUACAAUGUGUAAGAUGUUAUAUGGUUAUGUGGUGAGAUGUUGAUACACUAAUCAACAUCUUAGAUUAGGUGUUGUUCAUAAUCUACUCAUCCAGAACUGUUUUGAUCUCAGCUUCAUCUCCAGACUGAGGGGUGCUGUUGAAUACAUGUGCUUGGACAGCAGACUGUUAUGGAAGGGCAGCAAGUCUAAGUACUCUUCAUUAAUCCUGUUAUUACUGUAAUAUUACUAAUAUUCUGUAUGAUUAAUCAGAUUUCCUAAUUCCAUGAAUAACUUGACCAGCGCAUGGCUGGUGCAGUAUGCUGUAGCGCAGUAUUUCUUCUCCCUGAUGAUCUGAAUAGUGAAAUAUAAUGAUAGGUUUUGCCUACCUGCGAAUGUACUGUACCCACUAAAGUUCAUCUCUUGUUUUGUCAGAAGCCUACUAAAACCUAUAGUGUGUUAUAAUGCCGGGAACGCAAUGCUAAAACAGGACUAGCUGUGAAUUGACAUUUGAUUUGUACUGUACUGAAUGCACUGAUGUACUUACCUCCAGGUUCACCUGUACUGAUUCAAUAAAAUGCAGUCACAGUCAUCUGA